AUGGAAGCGACAUGGUUGGUAUUAGCACCACCCGCAGGGUCCAAGACCCGUAGACCUUUUCCCGCUGUUGCCAAUGAUAUAACAGAACAAGAGCGUUGGGAGAUGGAACUAUUAGGUCCUAAGGACAAUGAGGAUAACACCCGGAGACCGAGCGAAAGUUUGAUCGCUGAUGAAACUAUGAAAGGUCGAACGGCCUCGAGCCUACGGGCCUGGCUAGCAGACUACCGUUGA